ACACAGCUGUAGUCUGUCCGUGAGGAAGGUUCUCCAUUUCGCACAGGUAGCGAGCUACAUGCCCAACCCAACUCAUACACCGCACCGUGGGCUUUGCUUCCACAACACACAUGACACUCGAGUAUCUCGCCGCCGUAACAAGGCGUCGACAGUCGCACAGCUUUCGUCGUGGAAGACCCGAUCAGUGUUUACCGCAGAUUUGUAUCGAAGUGAAGUGUCGAACAGUACUGAAGCGGCGCGAGUGCUUUCACUGCCCAGCCAAAGCACACCCCGAUUGACCUUGGGGGCCAAUUGCUUCGUGAACUAUUUAAGAUUGAGAGGCACUGAUUGAGAGUGUUUCUUCGAGUGAAUCGAUGCUGUAAUAUACUUCUGCUGGGACGAAGUCGGAGCAGGCCGAGUUGCUUACGAUCAAUUGAUCAAACAAUCAACAAUUAGUGAAUGAAGUGAUGAUCUAUCGGAAACAGCAAUAAAAUUACGUCGAAAGCGAGAUUUAUUUUGUUUUCGCUAAUCGAUCUGUUGAUCUGACUCAUCCUGACGUCAGCGAGGUGUUUCAAUUCACCGGCGAUCAGUGGCAACAACAAUAACCGAAUCAUCCACCUUCCGCACCGACUUUGUUGUUCGAAGCAAAACAACAAUCCAAACAGAAUGAUUCAUCACUGUUUGUUGAGAAUCGCGUGAUUAUCAACAACCAUCGAUCAUAACACCUCUCUAUUUGAGGUCACCAAAUUUCCACCCCGAACUGAAGUCAUCAACCCUCAACUGAUUGUUCGCUCUCAAGCAAGCGAUCUACCCGGUACCCAGGCCUUAGACAUCACUGACAUCACUCUCGACAUCGCACUUCCUUGCGCGCAAUGAACAAACUGAAAAAUUUACUACACCAUCCGACCACGACUGGCGCAAUCGCCUCCGAUGGAGCAAAAGCCACCAAAGGCAACAACAACGACCGGCUCGAACCCGUCGUCGGCUUCAAGCUGAUACUCGAUCCGGGUUCGACUGCCAGCUACAACGGCAGCGCAGAGGCCGACAGCGACAACAACAAUCCACAGUCGCCUACGCCGCCGACGAAUGGAAACUCGGCGGCGGCCGUUCCGGAGCUGCAAGUUCAUCUGGUCGGUGCUCGCCAUCUACCGGGCAGCUUUGGACUGAAAAGCGUCGAGGGGUAUAUGAUUAAGAUUAAGCUUUUCCCCGGUACGGCCAAGUUCGACUCGUCGAUUCAGACCACCUCGUGGCCUAUGUUCGGGGAAACGUUCCGGUUUCCGCUGGUUUCUAGUCAUAAAUCUUCAUUUCGCGUGAAGAAAAACCAGUCUCAAAAGGGAAACUCGGAUGAAACCCCUCCGGAAAAGCUAUUCAACGGCAACUUUGUAGUAUUCACAGUCUUUGCUCUCUUGGAGCUGCCGCCAGGGUUCCAAGCCACACUGAAGCACAAAACGAUGACCUUCAUCCGACAGGGAAGCCAAAGGCUCAAAGACAAACCGGUUAUCGGAAAACUAGUCAAGGAUGUGGAACCCCCCGAUUCCAAAGUGGCCAACUUUGAUCAGAAACAAAACCUAAAAAAGUUAACAACCAGCGAAAGUCAACGGAACAUCGGCUCAGUGACGUACUUCUUGGAUCCGAAGGCAUUUCAGGAGCUGUGCCGUGGGCGAUUGUAUCAAACCGAUGAAAUGUGGCUACCGAUUAAGGACAUUACCGUGACGCAACCCGCGGAAACCCGAGCUGUGAUCUUCCAAAGCCCCAAAGGCCAAGUUGAGGUGACCCUGCAGCUAUGCGACUACACCGAUGUUCACCUGAACAGUUCGAAAGAAUCGCAAGAGGAUCUAUCAUUCAACAUCGAGGGGCCGUAUUCUCCCAGUUCAGCGUCUUCGUCGUCUUCCCUAAGUAAUCCAUUCCGCUUCAAGAAAGAACAACCUUCAUGUGGUUCUCCAGUCCCCGCCUCCAAUUCCAACAAAAACCGCUUCAGUUUUAAGGGUGUCAAAAAAAUCGUAAAAAGCGUCAAAAACAAAGAGAAAGAUCAGAAAGGCUUGUGUCUUAAAAUCUCCACCGCCAAGAUCCGGUGCGGCAUCAAGGUGAAGGAAGAGUUCGAAGGGAUCGGCGAAAAGAUCUAUCUCAAGACGACGGUUCUAGAGCACGAGAUUCUUUCGGCCACGUGGAAAUCGGAACCAUUUAGGCCGGCACUAUCGACGCGAUGGAAUCAGGACGACUGCACCAUUGUGCUUCCGCUGAGCAGUGAGUCCAACCUGGAUCACGUUUCGAUAAGAAUCGCCUUGGCGGCCAAGAAUAAAAUGGGGAAGAAGGUGUACCUGGGUCAGUUAUUUAUGGGACCGAAUGCGCCCAGUUCCAGUCAAGUUAAGCAGGACCAGUGGAGGAAGAUGAUUGCUUACAAAGGAUCGCCCAUUUCGGUGUGGCACAGUUUUGAAUGACGUAUUUAGUGAUUUAGGUAACGAAAAGUGUCAUUUAAUUUUUUUAUUCAUCACAACUAUUCAGUCAAGUGUCAUAAAGUUUAUUUAAAAUACCAAAUCUUAAAUAUAUAUUUAAUAUGUAAACUUGUUUGCCUUUCUCGUA